GCACCGAACCGGAACCGCCCGCGCUAAAUCUCCAUUCUCCAAGAUCAUAGAUAACGGUUGGCUCUCUCUCACUAAGCUGUUAGUUGGAGUUGGAGUUGGAGUUGGAGAUGUCCAUAGUUGCAGAGUUCCUCAUCACCCACUAAACAGUAGCCAUGCUUAGCUCUCUCCACUCUUUCUCAUCAUUCACUCUCCUCCCCACUCCUUCUUCUCCAAAACCCACCACUCCAUUCCACUCCUUCUCCAUCAGAGCCUCAACCAACAAGGACCCCAGUUCAAACUCCAAGCCCACCACAACCUCCAAACCAAGCUCGUGGGUCAGCCCGGAUUGGCUCACUUCCCUGACCAGCUCCCUGACCAUAUCCAAAAACGACGACUCGGGCAUUCCCGUCGCCUCCGCCAAGCUCGAUGACGUGUCCGAUCUUCUGGGUGGUGCUCUGUUCUUGCCUCUGUUCAAGUGGAUGAACCAGUACGGCCCAAUAUACAGGCUGGCGGCUGGGCCCAGAAACUUCGUGGUGGUCAGUGACCCUGCUAUCGCUAAACAUGUGCUUAGGAAUUAUGGCAAGUACGCCAAGGGUCUUGUUGCCGAGGUCUCCGAGUUUUUGUUCGGGUCGGGUUUUGCUAUUGCUGAAGGCUCACUUUGGACGGCUAGGCGCAGGGCUGUGGUGCCAUCUCUUCAUAAGAAGUACUUGUCCGUGAUAGUUGAUCGGGUAUUUUGCAAAUGUGCUGAUAGAUUAGUGGAGAAGCUACAAGCUGAUGCACUUAGUGGAACUGCUAUAAACAUGGAGGAAAAGUUUUGUCAGUUAACUCUUGAUGUUAUAGGGCUGUCUUUAUUCAACUACAAUUUUGAUUCUCUUAAUACUGAUAGCCCCGUCAUUGAUGCCGUUUACACUGCAUUGAAAGAAGCGGAGCUUCGUUCUACUGAUAUAUUACCAUAUUGGAAGGUUGAUGCUCUGUGUAAAAUAAUCCCAAGACAAAUAAAAGCUGAAAAAGCAGUUUCAAUUAUCAGGAGUUCUGUUGAAGAACUUAUUGCUAAAUGCAAAGCAAUUGUGGAAGCUGAGGGUGAAAGAAUUGAUGAGGAAGAAUAUUUAAAUGAAGCUGAUCCAAGCAUCCUUCGGUUUUUGCUUGCAAGUAGAGAAGAGGUUUCAAGUGUACAAUUACGAGAUGAUCUUUUGUCUAUGUUGGUUGCUGGACAUGAGACAACUGGUUCAGUAUUGACUUGGACGCUAUAUCUUCUAAGUAAGGAUUCCCGUUCAUUAGUGAAAGCACAGGAAGAAGUUGACACAGUUUUACAGGGACGACGUCCUUCCUAUGAUGACAUAAAGGAUCUGAAGUUCUUAACUCGCUGCAUAAUGGAAUCUUUGCGUCUCUUUCCACAUCCUCCUGUUUUGAUAAGAAGGGCUCAAGUUGCUGACGUGCUCCCUGGAAAUUACAAAGUCAACCCUGGUCAGGAUAUUAUGAUAUCGGUAUAUAAUAUCCAUCGCUCUUCAGAGGUGUGGGAGAGAGCAGAAGAAUUUUCACCAGAGAGAUUUGAUAUGGAAGGUCCUAUACCCAAUGAAACGAAUACAGAUUUCAGGUUCAUUCCAUUCAGUGGAGGGCCACGAAAGUGUGUUGGUGAUCAGUUUGCUUUGCUGGAAGCUAUUGUUGCUCUGGCAAUCUUUAUUCAGCACCUGAACUUUGAGCUUGUUCCUGAUCAGAACAUUAGCAUGACAACAGGAGCAACAAUUCACACUACAAAUGGUUUGUACAUGAAAUUGAGUCAACGGCAAGCAAAAUCUGCGUUUGCUGCUUCAUCCAUCUAACUGUUUCUCUUAGCAUUUACCUCCUUUGGAAAUGUCAGAAGUUUGUGAAGUGUUUUACCAAAAUGAACUAAAUUCCAACGGAACCAGCUUAUUCAUAAUAAUCACUUUAAUGUAUGAUUUAAACUGCCACUUUUUCUUGUUA